AUGCCGAGUCUCCCCGCUUUCCGCCUUUCGAUCGCCCGCCAUUUCUCUUCGUCAACUUCAAACCUGACCUCCUCCCAAUCACACACCCACGGCAACAACCAUGGAAUCCACCCCGGAAGUUCAGAAUAUGUCACUCUCGUCUCAGGGGAUGGGUUCGAGUUCAUCGUGCCUCGAAGCACCGCCUGCGUGUCCGGCACAAUCCGUCGCAUGUUGGAUCCGUCCAGUAGGUUCUCCGAAGCCGUGACCGGUCGCUGCGUCCUCGAAAACAUGAGCGGCCUGGUGCUGGAAAAGGUCUGCGAAUACCUCUGCUACAACCUCAAGAACAAGAAUCAGACCAACGUGCCGGAUAUGGAUAUUCCCCCGGAGUUGUGUCUGGAAUUGUUGAUGGCUGCGGAUUAUUUGGAUACGUAA